CCACGCGCCUCGGCCGGCGCUUCCCAGCCCCGCUUCCGGGGCGCCUGUCCCGCGGCCCCGGGACCCCGACCCUCCCCCGCAGCCUGGUCCCGGAGGGGCUGAGCCCGGAGGCGCCCGGCCCUCGACAGCGCCCCCGGAGGCUGCUCUGCGCUGGCUCCACCGAGUCCAGCUUGCGGGGGGGCCUGCGCCCCAGAACAGCACCCCGUCGCGCGGAGGUCCGGACGCGCCAGGACGCGCCAGGGAAGUCGGCGCCUGAGGGUCGGGCGCUCUGGGUGGGAUGGCUGCCUCCCGCUUCCCUUUCGGGAAAGGGCCAGCAUUCCCACCCGCAGGCACUGGGAUGGGGAUCGAGGCGGAGAAAUGGGGGAAAGCCCGAUGCAAAUGACUUCGCCGUCCUCGUCGGCCCUCGGGAAAUCAAUUCCAUCUCCUGGCGGUGAGAGGUCCUGGAAGCUGUGCGGUUCCGCCUCCGAAAAGUGGAACCCGGGUGCCUGCACCUGCGUGACCACCCUUGCCAGGCCCGGGAAGCCUUUCUGUUGUAAUGUACCCCGCGAAUCACAGAAGGACGCCUCAAGAAGCCGAAUUAAAGAGUCACAUUUAUUGCAAUCCGGGACUACGAGGGAGCCAUGCACUCCAAAUCUCGAAGUGCCCUCCCCAUGCCCACCACCAGAUUUAUAGGCAAAGGUCACAAAGGGAGAACUCAAGUAAGAAGGUCCAGUGGGCUUCUGGGAAGAGGAGGACGUCUUCCACAGACUCAGAGUCAAAGUCCCACCCCGACCCGUCCAAGGCGUCCAGGUCCCGGAGACCGAGCCGGCUGACGGUGAAGUAUGACCGGGGGCACCUCCAGCGCUGGCUGGACGUGGAGCAGUGGGUGGACGCGAAGGUUCAGGAGCUCUUCCAGGAUCAACCAACCCCUUCUGAGCCGGAGGUUGACCUGGAAGUUCUCAUGGAACUAUCCACAGAGGAGCAGAAAACUCAUUUGGAGGCUCUUCUCCGAGACUGUCCCAGCCCCACAGAGCCUUUUAUCUCCGAACUGCUCAGUCAACUCAAGAAACUCCGGAGACUCAGUCGGCCUCAGAAAUAAGACUUGUGAGACUACGUUUAGCAGCCUCAGCACCGUCAGGCCUGCCCCGAGCCUCUGGAUUCCGGGCUGAGAGGGAAGAGGCUCCUUGGAACAUGGACAAGGAACAUUGGAAGAUGAGGAG